GUAAUUACUUGUGUCUUGAUUUCCAUAUUAUUUCCUUUGCAGUAUUACCUCACAUCAGGGGGUUGCAAGUAUGGAAAAGCUUGUAAAUUUAUUCAUAGUAGGGAAAAGGGUUCCAUCUCACCAAUUGUGGAGUUCAACUUUCUUGGCCUGCCCCUUCGACCGGGGGAAAGGGAGUGCCCUUACUAUAUGCGUACUGGCUCUUGCAAGUAUGGUUCCAACUGUAGGUUUCAUCAUCCUGAUCCUAUCACUGUGGCUGGAGCUGAUCCUUCGUCUGGAUAUAACAAUGCUGGAGCUUUUCCUGUACAAGCUUCUUCCCAUUCAGCUGAAUCUUCUUGGUCUCCGCCAAGAUCAUUGAAUGACACAGCUUCUUAUGCACCAAUGGUGUACCCACCAAGCCAAGGCAUUCCUUCUCCUAAUACUGACUGGAAUGGUUAUCAGGUAGUCCAUAACUUAGCUUAGUGUCUGUUGUAUGAUGUUUAUGAUGUGUGCUCUGUAUUGUAAUGUUUCUACCUUACCUAAUUUUUUUUUCUACAUCUUGGUAUGCUGCUUGUAUCCUGGUGCUUGUUUCCUAUCUUUAAUAUAAGUUUAUUAUGUUAUCAAAAUGAUGUGUUUU